ACUUUUUCAGUUUUUUCCUCUGUUUUAAAACUGAUUUUUUCACACAAAAAAAAUGAAACUAUAUGUGUUUUUUCUAUAUUUCAUCUACUUUUUUCAUAAUGUUAAAGCAAAUGUGAUUAAUGAUGAUUUUAUCAAAACAAAAGGGGUACAUUUUAUGUUAAAUGAUAGUCCAUUUUAUGCAAAUGGAUUUAAUGCUUAUUGGUUAAUGUUAAUUGGUUCUGAUCCAUCACAAAGACACAAAGUUUCUUCUGUUUUUCAAGAUGCUGCUAACCAUGGCCUCACUGUUGGUAGAACUUGGGCUUUUAGUGAUGCUGGAUAUUCACCUCUUCAGUUUUCUCCUGGAUUCUACAAUGAAAUUAUGUUUCAGGGUUUGGAUUAUGCUAUUCAUGAAGCUGGUAAAAAUGGGAUUAAGUUAAUCUUAAGCUUGGUUAACAACUAUAAUGACUUUGGAGGAAAGAAUCAAUAUGUAAAUUGGGCAAAAUCUCAAGGUCAAUCCUUAACAUCAGAUGAUGAUUUCUACACAAAUUCCGUUGUGAAAGGUUACUUCAAAAACCAUAUUAAGGCAGUUGUAACAAGAAUUAACAGUAUAAGUGGAAUUGCAUACAAAGAUGAUCCCACAAUUAUGGCUUGGGAGCUUAUGAAUGAGCCUAGAUGUUCUUCUGACUUAUCAGGAAGUACUGUGCAGAAAUGGAUUAGUGAAAUGGCUUCAUAUACUAAAUCCAUAGACAGUAAUCACCUAGUAGAAGCUGGAUUAGAAGGAUUCUAUGGAAAUUCAGAUACUCAGAAGAAUCCAAAUUUUCAAGUUGGAACAGAUUUCAUUGCAAAUAAUCAAAUCCCAGAGAUUGAUUUUGCCACUGUUCACUCAUAUCCUGAUCAAUGGUUGACAGGUCAAGAUGAUGAAGCCCAACUUAAUUUUCUAACCAAUUGGCUCAAAGUUCACAUUGAAGACUCACAAACAAUUCUCAAAAAGCCUAUUAUAUUUGCUGAGUUUGGCAAAACAACAAAAGGCCCUGGCUUUACUCCACAACAAAGAGAUGUAAUCUUCAACACUGUUUAUUCCUCUAUAUUUUCAUCAGCUAAAGGCGGCGGCGCGGCGGCAGGAGGGUUGUUUUGGCAUGUUUUGGCUGAAGGAAUGGAUUCAUUUAAAGAUGGAUAUGAGAUAAUAUUGAGUGAAAGUUCAUCUGUUUCUGAUAUUAUUAUUCAGCAAUCUAAAAGGCUUAAUAAGAUUAGAAAAAUGUAUGCAAGGUUGAAGAAUAUAGAGAAAUGGAAGAAAGCAAGGAAAUUAAAGGAUUAAUCAUGAGAAUUAGAGAGAUUUAAUUUAUGUUAGAGAUGAAUUAAUUUUAAGUUAGCAAGAAGUUAGAUAAUGUUUUUUCUUUCUUUUUUGGUAAUGUACUGCUCGACAUGUUGUAUGUCAGAGGAAGUAUUCUAGUAGUGAUUUAUUAUGCCUUAAAAAAUACAUCGAUUGUAUCGAUGUAUCUAAUGUAAUUUCAUAUGAUUUUAUUUUAUGAAAUUGAAGAGUUUGUUUAUGAUAAA